CCCCAGCACUGCAACCACCCUGGCCUGUUGCUUAAGAGCAGGUGGGUGGGGAAUUGUGUGAUUAUAAGCUCACAUUUGGUUUCUCAGAACUGCAAUAAAGGAGACUUGAAAGACAGGAAUCGUCCAAAACGUUGGACCUGCACCAUUUCGAACAAGAGUUGGAAAACUCUUAGCUCUGAAAUACUUUACUGAAGAAGGCGUUUGAAAGAUUCAAACAUCAUCAUGGAUUCAGUCUUACAUUCUACAGAUGAAACAAGUGACUACCCUGAAUAUAAUGGAGCUGAUAAUAAAAUGGACAAUUCAUCUACAGCAUUAGUGCCCUCAACAGUGGCUCCAGCACACUGCACUGACGCGAUCUGUGUUUUACUGACAAUAGCCAAUGUGAUUAUUAUGGUUCUUGGUAUUGCUGGAAAUGGUUUGGUGAUCUGGAUCGCAGGGUUUAAGAUAAAGAAAACAGUCAACACUGUCUGGUACCUCAGCCUCGCUGUGUCUGACUUCCUCUUCUGUGCCUUCCUGCCCUUCUCCAUUGCCUAUAAUGUUAAACGUGAAUGGGACUUUGGACUCUUCAUGUGCAAGUUUACGUCUUUUAUCUUGUUCCUCAACAUGUUCAGCAGCAUCUUCCUCCUCCUCAUCAUUAGCGUGGAUCGCUGUGUUGUGGUUAUGUGUCCUGUAUGGGCACAAAACAAGCGCACCAUACGCAGGGCCUUGGUGAUGGUUGCACUAGCCUGGACUAUCUCAGCAUUGCUUAGCUUGCCACCAGCCAUUUUCCGAGAUAUAACAAUAUCCAAAUCAAAACAUGUCUGUUACUACAACUAUUCGCACGAUGAAGAACAUAUUGCUGUAGUGGUAUGCCGAUUCAUUUUUGGAUUUGUGAUCCCCUUACUGAUCAUCAUCACCUGUUAUGUCCUCAUCACCCUAAAGCUGAAAAAUAACCAGAUGGCGAAGUCCAAUAAGCCAUUUAAGAUCAUGACAGCACUGAUAGCUGCUUUCUUCAUUUGCUGGAUGCCUUAUCACAUUUUUAACUUAUUGGAACUAAACCUAAAAUAUGCCUAUAUCCUCCCUAUUGGGCAAAAAUUUGGAAGCACUCUUGCCAGCGCCAACAGUUUUAUGAACCCGUUGCUUUAUGCGUUCAUGGGAAAGGACUUAAAGAGUAAAUGUUGUGCACUUCUGUCUAAGAUUGAGAGCACAUUCGAGGAGGAAGCCCGGAGUACACUACAAGGGACGUCUAAUACUAACUCAGGAGAUGGCAAACUUUCAAGUACAGUCUAAAGUUAUCAGGCGUUUAAAGAAUUCCAUAUGAACAAAAAGAGGAAUUAAUUUCUGCUUCUUAACAGCCAGCUUAAUAACAGUGAAUUAAAGAAAUACAAAUAAACAGCACGUUGUAUAAUUCUGAAUAGUAAUCUCAAUGCAAAAUAAUCCUUGUUUUAAGAGAAUGUAUGUGGAAAGAAACAUUUACACAGAAUUAAAUUUACUUCAGGUUAUGAAAUUUAUUUAUUUAAAUAAAUUACAUAAGGAAUAAAACAUGACUGGGUAUAAUAAACAUAAGAAAUAUAAAAGGAGAAAAAAAGAGAGAAUGGUUUGGAAAUGGUUUGUUUAUAUAGCUAUGGUUUUAUAGCUGUAAUAACGUAACAGCAGCUUCAUUUCACAGAUGUUCCACAGCAUUAGAUGUAAAUAUCAAUGGAUGUGAAAUGUACGAUAUGUUUGUCUUUAAAUGCAAAAAAGACUUGUCAGCACUUCUUGUCAGUAAUUAUAGUCAUUGCUCUUCUACAGGACUAAUACAAUUUUAUUAGGAAGGAAAAUACUUCAGGGUAGCAACAGUAACUUUGCUUAACACUGGGCCACCCCAUCAUUGAUUAUUUUCCAAUAAUAUCAUCCCCCCAAGAGUUUGAUUCCUUACUUAAUGUCAUAAAGUUCAGGUGUUACUCCAUAAAAGUGCUUGUGAAAUUAUCUCACUCUGAAAAGGUUGCCUGUAAAUGUAUGCAAGAGCAUUUAUUGUCACCUUCUAUAUCACUCUUUAUAAUUAUUCUCAGAUUAUUAUACUUAUGCUCAGAUUGGUUUUACAUUUAUUCACUUAGCAGACGCUUUUAUCCAAAGCGACUUACAAAUGAGAGUUUUAAGUCACCUUUUAUUUGAUAUUCACUCUGCACCAUAUGUUAAUACAAUUUGUGCAUUAAUACCUAAUAAAUGUGAUUGCGUUAUUUUUCUCCUUUUUAAUUUUAAUUAAUUCUGUAAUUUUUUUUUUUAUAACUAAUUUUCAUGUUAAAAUCUUAUAUAUUAGUUUGUGAUGUUUAUGGCAGUGCUUAUUAUAUAUAUAUAUAUAUAUAUUCUGUAUAUCAUGUUUGAUUUUGUACCUUUAAUUCUACAUUAAAACUUUCCUGUUUCACUGCAUGCAGUGUUAUUUUUAAUACAGUACAUAGUUUUGCACUUAUGGGAUAUUAUUUGCUGGUAUAAUUUUGGUGUGGUGCUAAUUUGGUUGAGCAUAGGCCAGUUUUCU